UCAGUCUUGUUGCACGACCAUCUAGUAUCAGACAAAAAACGAAAAAUUCAAAGAUAAUAACAAUAAUAAAAUUAAAAUGUCGGAUUUAUCAUCAUCAGCAACAACUGAGAAAACACCAAUUCCUAAAAGUAGCGAAACUGCUAUUCCCAUUACUGCAGAAAGUUCUACUCCUGCAACUGGGGAAACUGCCAUUAUCAUAACUGAGGAAAUUGCUACACCAGUACAAGGAGAAACUUCUAUCCCCAUGACUGAGGAAACUGGCACCCUCGAAAUCGAAGAAACUUCUAUCCCCAUGACUGAAAUGGACAGUGACAAACCAGAAGAUCCAGAGCUUGUCCCAGAUUCGGAAGAUCAGUCAUUCAAGGAGCUGGGCCAACUCUUAAACGACUUCGGUUCGGGAACACUAAGAUUCACUGGGAUGACCAAUGGUAUAUUGGGCGUGCUUCUCUUCUUUCUCCAGUUGUGGGCCAUACUUGUUUCGCCAAAAGGUGUAGAUAUGGACCUUUUUGGCAUGUUAGCCGGUAUCUACCUCCUUAUGCUUGCAUUCAUGAAAUUCGAAAAGUAA